GUAAGUAUGAUGAUGAAAGUCAAUUUGAUGAAAGUGAUUUAAAUAAGGUUAUUGGAAAACAUAUGCGUGAAUCUUCUGAAGUUGAUGAAUCUCUUCAUCCAAGAAAGAGGCUUGAAUAUUAUUUUACUAAU